AUGGACGACCGCACAGAUCUCGUCUUUAUCAACGCGUCGAAUCCAACUCACUUCCGGGACCAGAAUGUCCGCCGCACCAUCCGCCGCCGUGCCAUGCGCGACAUCGGCAAAGCGCGUCGCAAAGCCAAGAACCCUCCUGCGGUGACCUUCACCUGGCAGCCAUUAGAGCCUCCUGUGCCCUGUCUCGACUCGUAUCCACGUCCCUGGCCUGGGGGUAUAGACUCCGAUCCACGGUCUCGCGAGUUGAUUCACUUCAUGCACGCCGACGCCGAGUACAAUUACCGGCCAUUCCGGAAAGUCUGGUUCGCAAUGGCCCUAUCAGACCAGAGCGCCUUUAUCCUGUGUAAAGCGAACGCAGCCAUGUUUCUUGAGAAAGCGCGACUGCGAGACGGAGACGAGUUUCGAUACGAGCACUGCGCAGAGACUCUGGGUUAUUAUGGCCAGUGCGUUAGGGAGGUUACGCGUCGUCUAUCGGAUCCGGUGGACUGUGUUAGUGAGGGCGUCUUUACUGCGAUUCUGGGGCUGAUUUGCCAUGAUCUUUAUGUCGGGACUCUGGACCGCUGGGCGUAUCAUAUCCGGGGACUGGCGAGGAUAGUCAGCAUGCGAGGAGGGAUUGGCGAUUUGGAUGCCAAUUUGCAGUUAUUUGCUUGCUGGUUUGAUGUCGUUGGAUCGGUGGCUCGAGAUUUACCACCGCAGAUGCCACCGGCUUCAGUGUACCUGGAUGGUCUGGCGACAUAUGCCGAGGGAAAACAAACAUGCGGUAUGAGGCUGGAUGGAAUUCUUGACGACAUCAGAAAUAUGCAAUCGUCAGAAGAUACGGAUAUAUACUGUCUUGUCGGAAUACUCGAACGAAUGGCUGCACUUGCGGGCUUCGUUAACGAACAUUCUUCACGAGAACCUGGAUUUUGGAAGAGCGAGGAUGACAUGCGUCCCCUUCGGCUUCUUGGCCCAGUUACGCAUGACCUACUAUCAAUGCCACGGGCUAAUCCAUGUACCUUCAAUGGCUUCCAGGUCAUCCGCGAGAUGGCGCGGCUUGUGAUUCUUAUACUCCUUGGCGGAGUGAAAACGAAGUAUGGAAUGAGUGCGCCCGAGAUAAAUACUCUGCAAACAAAACUUUCCACGCUGGUUUUAGUCACUGCAAAGAGACAGAUGGUUCUGCCGUUUCCGCUGCUGCAGCUUUGGUGUCUCGUCGUUGCAGCUUUAUUGGCAAGUGGCCCCGCGAGAAAAAUGUACGUGCAGGAGAUAUCUUCCCAUAUCAAGGGCAUAAAUAUCCCAGACGGAACAGGUGCAGUCGCGGCUGCGCGCGAUGUGAUAUGGAUUGAGGAUCUUGCAAGUGCAGACACUAUAUCAUUUCUCAUAUUCGACAUCGACAUGGUCUACACCGAUGAACAACGCUGA